AUGAAAGCACGCGCGAUUGCUGCUCGAAUUGCCGUGACUCGCAAAGGGCGCGUGGACGCGGAGAAGGAUGCGAGUCCGCGCCCCGUUGAACUCAAGAAGGCGAAAUCUCUGACGCACGGCGACGGGCCCGACACACCAGCCCAGCAGGCCAGCUAUCUCGGCCGGAGCGACUACCUCACGGCCCAUUUGGACAUCGACGAGGAUGAUGCAACCCACUACAAUGGGCCCGGGCUCCGCGCAGGCGCCUUCCAAAGUUUCGAAGCCCGGAUCAGGCGCAACGUCUCGUCACUGGAGAUCCCAAGAGGGACGUUAAGGCAGAGUCUGCUGCAGAAUUUCCUGCACUGGUGUCGUCCAUGGAUGCCUCUUGUCAGCGAAACAGACCUGGAGAGGCUCGACGCCAGGAAUCAAGAUACGCUGCUUGUCACGGCGGUUCUCGUGGCCGGGAGUAUCGUCUCGUCGGCCCCUGAAGCUGCGGUGCACGGGCGGCGAUGCUACCAGCGGGCAAAAGUGCUGUUCUACACCAACGGGGAGCAAAACCAUCUACACACCAUCAUGGCCAUCCUGUUCCUACAGUGGCUGAACCCGUCGGGGCCCGAGCACGUGUCCAUUGACAACAGCAGCUUCUGGCUUCGAACGAGCGUCGCGCUUGCUCAUCAGAUCGGGCUUCAUCGCGAGCCCGAUCCUAGGAUGGCUGAGGCAAGGCUACGCCGAAGGAUCUGGUGGGCACUCGUUUCCAGGGACAAUCUGAUAGCCACGAGUCACGGGCGCCCUAGGGCCAUCAACGCAGAAGACUCGAAUGUCCGACCUCUGCGCGUCGAUGAUUUCGAACCCGGCGACACCGACGCUCUCCUGUUCAUGCAGUUCGUUCAGAUCACCUCCACUUUAGGGGAUAUGACGGAACACUACCGACGCGGAACGCUUUCGGACCGCAAAAAGAUCGACUUUGAGGACUCGCUCCGGGCGUGGGUGAACACCUUGCCGUCAACUCUGCGGCUGUACCGUCGCGAGAAGAACACCAACAAACUGACCGAGUACGACUUCAAGUUCCGCCAGCUGCACGUCCUGUACUUCACCGCGCUGAUCAUCCUCUUCCGCCACGACAACAAGAACGACCCGCCCGCGCCGGUUUCGCUGCUGGCUGCGUCAUUCAUCUCUGGUAUUUUCGAGGAAUUCCUCACGCACGAAGACAUCCCGCAUCUGCCCGUGACGGCGAUCUUCUACCUAAUGGUCGCGGCGCUGCUUCAACUGUCGUACCAGCGGUUCCCCUCGCUGGCCGUCCAUCGCAACGACGAGAUUGACAUCAUUAGACUCUCGUUGGACGGCCUGAAGAAGAGGUUUCCCUCCGCCAUUGGGGCAGAGAGGGUACUCAAUCAGAUGAUGAACCAUUCGACGUCCCUUCAAGACACACCGGAGUCCACGCGCAUGAAGGUGACAUCCGAGGAGGCCGAGUUUUUUGCGCCGUUUGGCCCUGAGCUGUGCCGCCAGUGGGGUUCGGGCUUUGGGCCACGCCCAGCGGUGCCGUUUGCAAUGGGUGACGUUGCUGGAGUGGGCGACAAUGCUCCUGCUCAUGCUAAUGACGGUGUCACAGAGAUGGCAGGUCAAGGACAAUAUGCAGAGGGUCAUGUCAUUGGGAAUACGAGCACAACAGGGGGAGAGGCCGCCCCUGGCUCUGGCCGUGUAGAUUCGCUGUGGGAUGCUACUGGCCCGCUCCUCCUCCCGCAAGACGAGGACACCCUGUUCUCCAGCGAACAGACACUAGACACCGUCGGCCGCUGGUGGUGGGCGGACUGGGUGCCUGAGGCGGAUUUGGAUUUCUUAUCAAAGUCGUUGUGA